AUGCUUGACGUCCUGUCGGAGCGCCAGUCCAACAUGGCGGCGCCCCGUGCUGCGGCUGGACGGAACGCAGACGGCGUGGCAGAAGGCCAGACUCUGUCAGAAUCUUGCAGCGUUGACGUGAAACGACCUCAGUUCGGAACGCGCUUCUUGACAGACCCACGUCAAGUUUUUCAACACAAUGCGUGGGACAAUGUGGAGUGGACAGAGGAACAAGAGGCAGCUGCAAAGAAGAGGGUGCUAGAAAACAGCCAGCCACUUCCUCCAGAGAAACAAGAGGAAUAUGACAGGCGGGCAAAUGAGUAUUGGAAUGAAUUUUACACAAUCCAUGAGAAUCGUUUUUUCAAAGACCGUCACUGGCUCUUCACGGAGUUCCCAGAGCUGGCUCCAAAGCACUGCCUCAGCCAUGAAUCCCAUUCUGAAGUGGCCAGCGUAGAUGGCAUUCAGCAGGACAGUCUGGACCAAGUGCAAGUCACAGGUGGUGACUUCCCUGGCUCUUCUGCCACAUAUCGCAUUCUAGAGGUUGGCUGUGGUGUGGGAAACACUGUUUUCCCUAUUCUGAAGACCAACAAUGACCCAAGACUCUUCAUUUACUGCUGUGAUUUUUCCAGCACUGCUGUGGAGCUAGUCAAGUCUAACCCAGAGUAUGACCCUGAGCACUGCUUUGCCUUUGUUCAUGACCUCAAUGAUGUGGAGACCAAUUACCCUGUUCCUGAUGGAAGCCUUGAUGUUGUGGUGCUCAUCUUUGUGCUGUCAGCCUUGCAUCCUGACAAGAUGCAGGCGUCCGUCAGCAGAUUAGCUCGAAUGCUGAGACCAGGAGGGGUGAUGCUGUUUAGGGACUAUGGCCGCUAUGACAUGGCACAGCUUCGUUUCAAGAAAGGAAGAUGUUUAUUGGAAAACUUUUACGUUCGGGGUGAUGGAACACGAGUGUAUUUCUUUACUCAAGAUGAGCUCCAUGAAAUGUUUACCAAGGCAGGUCUGGAGAAAAUGCAGAAUCUUGUGGACAGGAGACUGCAGGUGAACAGGGGCAAACAGCUAACCAUGUACAGGGUAUGGAUUCAGUGCAAGUACUGCAAGGCUGACAAACGCCUGUGACACAUUGCUGAGAAGAUACAGAUGAUGUGUCCCUCGGUUGGAAAUGGAACCACUGGAACUGGAGGAGGUUACAGUCAUUUUUAUUAUGUGUGUAUGGAAAGGGAGAUACUUCUUUAAAAAAAAAAAAAAAAGGGCGGCACAGUGGCCCAAUGGUUAGCAUUGUUGCCUCACAGCAAGAAGGUCCUGGAUUCGAACCCCAGGCCAUCCCAGGUCCUUUGUAUGUGGAGUGUGCAUGUUCUCCCCGUGUCUGUGUGGGUUUCCUCCAGGUGCUCCGGUUUCCUCCCACCAUCAAAAAGACAUGCAUGUUAGGGUUAAUACUCCUGCCUGUGCCCCUGAGCAAGGCAAUGGAAAGAAGAACUGGAGUUGGUCCCUGGUUGCCACAGCUGCCCACUGCUCCUAUACAAUAGGAUGGGUUAAAUACAGAAGACAAAUUUCAUUGUAACCGUACAAUGACAAAAUAAAGUGGCUUUCAGCCUUUACUGUGGGGACACAGGACAUGAGAUUGAAGAUGGCCAUGUAACAAAGGCAUAAUACUAAAUCGUUUCCUAUAAUGUUGGACUAUAUCUUUGGCUGAUGCCGUCAUAGAAUUGCACCCCUAGCUCAAAAGCGAACUUGACUAUUCAGAACAGUGGAGAGCUGACGAGUUCUUCAUUCUGAAAAUGGGCUCGUUACCCUCAAAUAAAAUUUUGUAUUCUACCAAGUAUUAUUCAUAAUGAUCUGGUGUUUAAAAAUAAAUGGUAUGAUUUAAA